GCAGAAAGCACCAGUAAAUAGAAGAUUACGUCCUCUUAUUACAACAGUAGAGUGUACGGUUGAUUACAGAAUUGAUUCUGCUUUCCAGCACAUCGAAGAUAUGAAUGUAUAUUUCAAAAUAUUACUUUGUACAAUUUUUCUGUACAAUUGUGGUAUAUGUUCCGGAGUUCAUCAAUGUUGGUUUUGCAUGUCAGAAAAAUGCAAUGAUCCCUUCAAUUCUUCAGUUGCCGUGAAUUUAACAUGUUCAAGCCAACGUCAAUAUUCUAAUCUUCACGGCGAAGGGAACAACAAACAUGCGUUUUUAAAGUCUAACGGAUCAGACUACGUUUGCAUGAAAGCAGUUUCAAAAAACGGAACCGGUUCUGAGAGUACUAUUCGAGCUUGUGUUACUCGUAAUAUUGAUCACUGCCAACAAAUGAAAGAUUAUUCAGGAUUGACUGUAAAAUACUGUUCGACGUGCGAUGGUGACUUAUGUAACUCUGCAAUCGAAUGGAAGUCGUCAUUUUCUGUUGCAGUUGCAGUGAUAUUAACAUUAUUGUGUUUUUUUCUGGACUAAAUAAAAAGCAUCUUAAAUGGUUAUUUUGAUUUAUUUAUUAUGUAUAUUAAAGUUUAAAAAUAUGAUAAC